ACUCCAGGGGGUAGAAACCACCCACACAAACAGCCGAGGUUGGACCCCAGAGGCAAACAAAGGUGCCAAGGGAGAAGGCAGGCCUCUGUGGUGACAAACACUCCCACCCAGAAUACUCCAGAAGGCGCCAGCCAGAGCUGCGGCUAAGCCAGACACCCCACCACCAGGGGAAGUGACACCUGUGCAUCCCAGCCCCAGGGUGCCCCUGGCACGUCCUUUCCUUGCAGUGGACAGGCCAUCUAGACAGAAGGGAGGCUGUGGCCUGGACCGAGGCUCUAGAUCCAUUCUCUUUCACCCACUGCAAGUCGGACACUCUCAGCAAAGACUCUUUAACAUGUGUGCCCUGGGCCCCAGAAUGACAUCACAGAGGGGCAGAAGUGGAAAGGCAGACAGGAAGCACUGGUUACUAAGUAACAGGCCCCAGCCCACCUUUGUUGGCUUUGGUGACAGCAAGGAAGGCCUGAUCAAGGCCACUGGCUAUGCUAGCACCUUCUCUCCCGACAGGUGCUUCUUCGAGUCAGGGUGCUGCUCUGAUCACCAGGUGGUCUCUUCAUCUGGGCCCCCAAAAGUGCGGCCACGGUGUUUGCCCUCACUGGACGCAGGGCUGCUGACGGCAGAGGCAGGUUCCCAUGAACCAAACAGUAAUACAGAAGCAUGCUUGGAAUGAGGACUUUUGGCAGAACCCCUGGGACCAGGGAGGCCUGAUAGUAAUCUGCGUAUUCAUCGCCACAGUCCUUUUCCUCAUCCUGCUCGCGACCGUGUUUGGUUUGGUGGAUCAAUUGGAGAUGGACAGGUGUGAGGAGGAGUGACCUGACUCCCAGGGGCCGAGAAGGCAGCAGAGCCUGAAGGCAUACGAAAGCCACUUCCAUACCUCAGGUGGAAAGAGAGACAGCUAGCGACGUCCCCUAACAGGCUCACAGACUCGCCCGGCAGCUUCACGGAUCCUCGAUGAGGACACAGACAACCAGAUGAAAUAAAAAUUCUUUGCAGAUCUGCGAACUUCUGAGAGCUCAUUUCCUAUCUAGACGCAGGGCAAGCUUCCCUAGCAAAGCCUCGCCAGGACCCGCGAGACCCUGCGUGGUCUGCCCUGCCUCUCUCCAGCCAAACCACUCACGCCCUAGGUUCUCAGCACGUCUUCUAAUUCUUGAACACGCCUGACUCUUUCCUGCCACAGGCCUUUGUACAUGUGCUUCCUCUGGACGGGGACACUCCCUCACAAGAUGCCUCAUUCCUCCCCAUCUCAGUCUAAAUCCAAGUUCCUCAGAUAAAUCUCCCCUGGCCCUCUUGAUGGGGGGUAGGGCUAUGUCAUACGGCCUCCAAAUUCCAUAUACUGGGCUGACUCUGUGGUGCACCAAUAAUGCGCUGCUCCAGAGAAGCUGACCCCACGAGGCAAGCACAGUUCCAAGCCCAGCUUGGUUAGCCUGAAGCCCGCUGGGCACACCCAACUGUCCAGGCUCUAGUAGGCUGGAGGACUCAAGGAAGGGGAUCGUGGCAUGGAAAGACCCCAGGGAGGCCGCCUGUCUCUGUCCUCCUCUUACUCUCACAUGCACACAUACGUGCUCUAUGACAAAGAAAAGUAUCAUGUGCUUUUUCUUCAAAGCCCUCU